GAUCUGCUUGGAAGAUUAAACUUCCAGACCUUAAUUCAGAAUUCGUUCAUUCACAACCUUAUGCAGGUCUAGAAGGCUUCUUCAACUAAAAAUGACGGAAUCUUGCGUCUUGCUACUGCUCGUCGGUAUUCUGGCGCUAAGCGAUGGAAUUUUUGGAGACAGUGAUUUACAAAGUGCUUUAGAUGCGUUAGAUCGACGACAGCGGGAGAUCGUGGAGUACGAAAAACAACAGCAAUAUGGAUUUACUCCUUACGAGCAAGUCGAUGAAUUAACGUUCCUGAAGAACGCUGCAGAUGGGAAUGCUUAUGGCAAAGACUAUGUAGAUGAUGACGACUAUGAAACGUACAACAAAAGGUUAACUUCGUCAUUUAGAGAGCGCCAGGGAUAUCGCGAAAAGCAAAUAGAGGAAUUUGUUAGGAAUUUAUAUAAUAAUUUAGAAAGUAAUGGAAUGCCCGGAGGAUUUAACAAAAAUGAUCUGAGAGCGUUGUGGGAUCGCUAUUAUGGCAACGGCCUUUCGGAUGAAAAUCCAGCAAUGAGCAAGAGGUACUACCCAAUAUAUGAAAUGCCAAAUGUUGAUCUUAGGAAGGGAGGUCGAUACGUGGACAAUAGCGAAGAACCCUUACUUUCCAUUCAUCAUCAUGUUCCGCGUUUGAGCGAACCAGACCACAAGACAAGUUAUUUAAGAAACCGCUAUCCGCAUGAGAGCUCAUAUAAUCCAGCUCUUAACAUGUACGGGGUUAAUAAAAGGCUCAUUGUAGAAAAAAGAAGUAAUACUCACAUCAAAAACGAAAAACGUUCGGUUAAAAAGCAAACAGAUCCUCAAGUGGAAAAAGACCUACGCAGCAUUUUCGGGAGUGAUGAGAAAACCCAUGCUGAUACCGACAAACUGCGUAAGCAAGUAUCUACCCCGAAACCACAAGCAGCAAAUAAUGUUGGUACCCCAGCACCUCGAAAAAUUGAGAAGAAAGAUCGAGCUAAAAUGGAUGUAAGCAAAGAUGUGGACAUUAACAAAGAAGUGUUUGCACCUGUCGCUCCACAAAUUGGCAAACCCCUUCAACUAAAAAAAAAGUCAAUAGACUGGUCCGACUAUUUUGGCUUAGACAGGCGCAAGAAGUCUGAGCCAAAUAAUGGGUUAGAUAAGGAAUGGUUAAUGGAAAGAUAUCACAAGGCCAUAGCUAUAACAGCAAAGAAAAGAAACGCUAAUCUACCUUUGCAGUCAUUUCGAAGCCAUGAAGAAAACUCACUCUCCAAAGAUGACUCGCAGGACAAAGAAGCACAAAACAUAGAUGAAAUGGGUAGGAAACUUGAAAAAUUAGAGGACGACAUAAUCGGAAAGGCAUUAAAAUAUACGGGAGCACAUCAAGGUGAUUCCGACCCAAAACAGAUCCAACAAAUUAAAGAUAAUAUAAUUUCUCGAUUAGCCCAGGCGUAUAAUAUUGAAAAAAUGCGAAAUGCACUGGAAGAGUAUAAAAUCGAAAUAGAAAAGGCUUUGAGGGAAGUUGAGAAGUCCACGCCAGAUGAAAAACUGAUUUCCGAAUAUACUUCCGAAGACAAGCGAGUUUCGGUUCCAAGAAAGGAAGCUAUUUCUGACAGCAAAGACACAGUGGAUGCCGAUAACAACAUCAAGUGCACGACAUCUGAAGACUGCCACGAGCAAAAUUAUAAAAUGCCAUCCGACAUCAUAGAUUCUCAUUUUGCAAUACUAGAAUGUCCAGUGAUUCAGAGAGCUUGCAAUGAUGUUGCUUCGUUAAUAGGCUAUUAUGGGCAUGUGUUUGAAUCAGCUUGCCAUAUUCAUCAAAUGUGCUUGUUAUGUAGCCAAAACAGCUGGUUUUCACCUACGAGGCAAUGCAACACACUGUUUUUGACCAAGGCAUUUGAGCUUUGUGAUGGCAAAGAAGAGUGUAAAAAAGAAGCUCGCCGGUCUGUUAGAUAUCUGUUAGAUAUAAACAAGUCUCUUCAAGCUCAAACCGCUCUUACCGAUGAAUGUGAAUUGCAGUGUCCGGAUACAGAUAUGUAAACUCAAAAUGAUAAAUGUGUUGUCUCCCAAACUGAACGUAUCCCAACAUAACUGUUUCUGAAGAAAUCGGUCAAAUGCAUGUAUCUUCCGUCUAUACCUAAAGAUACACAGAUUUUCAAUCUGUGUUAUAUACAUUACGUAACUACUAUAUUACUAUAUGUUUAGAAAGACAAAUACUUAUUGAUGUCUAGUUGUUGCUUAAAAUUAAAAAAAGAAUAUCCUUGAAACGUUGUUGUUAUUCAAUUAAGCUUAUAUGAGAUGAUUACAAAAUGGCCUUGAUUUAAUUGUAAAACGAAGUUGUCUAUGCUCACGGUAAAAUACCAGUUACGCUGAUUAUGAGACAAAACUACAAUGAUCAGACGUUUGUAGAAUAAAAGGAUAAGUAAAAAAGUGCUAUAGGAAAGUAAGAAAUAUUUUAACAAAUGAAGCGAUCUCAAUGUUUUGGAGUAAUUAUGACAAUAAUGUAUAUCAAUCUACGUGAUGCUAAUAUCAUGCCAUACAGGAACAUUUUGAACUCGUUCAUUUCGAGAUCGUGACACCUAUGUAUUUUUCCUUGAAGAUGGAAUGGACUGUAUUAAGUUAUACUAUACUUACUUAAUGUUUCAAUAUAUUUUAAAUGUAAA